AACGAAUGUAUGGUUCAAGUCUCAAGUGUGUGUCCAAUUCAUAACUCAUUUCCCCUUGUCGACCUUCUUCCUUCUCAUCUCUCUCUCUCUCUCUCUUUCUACUCUUUAACACAAUGAGUUUCUGAUUCCACUUUCAUAUGUCGCAACCCUCCAACAACAACCACCGCAAACGCUCAUCUACAACCUGCACAUCUCCACCACCACAACAACCCACCACCAACACCACCACCGGCGGCGGCGGCGGACCCCACUUCUCCCUGAUGAAGAAGGCGAAAUCUCAAGCCGUAUCCUGCUCUCUAGACAACAAAAACGGGUUCCAAUCACAUCAAUUUGAUAGUAAUUCGGGUGUGCAAGACCCCUCUUCGAUGAUCGUAGAUCCGACUGAAAACGACGCCGUACGCGCCUCUUCUGCUGGUGGGUUUACGGCUAAUUUGGCUCGGAAAAAGGCUACUCCUCCGCAACCGGCUAAGAAGCUUGUGAUUAAGCUGGUUAAAGCUAAACCAACGUUGCCAACAAACUUUGAGGAGAAUACAUGGUCGGUCUUGAAGUCGGCAAUUAGCGCCAUAUUUUUGAAGCAGCCAGAUCCGUGUGAUUUGGAGAAACUUUAUCAAGCGGUCAAUGAUCUUUGCCUUCACAAGAUGGGGGGAAGUCUAUACCAACGGAUUGAACGGGAAUGUGAAUCCCACAUAUCUUCUGCUUUACAAUCAUUAGUCGGUCAAAGCGAAGAUCUUGUGGUUUUCUUAUCACUUGUGCACAAAACGUGGCAAGAUUUCUGUGACCAAAUGUUAAUGAUUCGUGGUAUCGCGUUGUAUCUUGACCGUACGUAUGUCAAACAAACUCCAUCUGUACGGUCGUUGUGGGACAUGGGUCUUCAACUUUUCCGGAAGCAUUUAUCACUAGCUUCGGAAGUUGAACACAAAACAGUCUUUGGCCUUCUGAAAAUGAUAGAAAGCGAGAGAUUAGGCGAAGCAGUUGAUAGAACACUUCUUAACCACCUGUUGAAGAUGUUUACCGCUUUGGGCAUUUAUUCCGAGAGUUUCGAGAAACCAUUCCUUGAAUGUACAUCGGAGUUCUAUGCUGCUGAAGGAGUUAAAUACAUGCAACAAUCAGAUGUUCCAGAUUAUUUGAAACAUGUGGAGGUAAGGUUGCAUGAAGAACACGACAGAUGUCUACUGUAUCUUGAUGCUAGCACAAGAAAACCGUUGGUGGCAACCGCUGAAAGACAACUUCUUGAGCUUCAUAUAUCUGCAAUACUCGAUAAGGGUUUUACGAUGUUGAUGGAUGGCAACCGAACACAAGAUCUUAGAAGGAUGUACACGCUUUUCUUCAGGGUUAACGCCCUUGAAUCUUUACGACACGCCCUAAGUGCAUACAUCCGUAAAACAGGACAAGGUAUCGUAACAGAUGAAGAAAAGGACAAAGAUAUGGUGUCUUCCCUCUUAGAGUUUAAGGUUUCUCUUGAUAAAAUAUGGGAAGAAAGUUUCUCGAAGAAUGAUGUGUUUUGCAACACCAUUAAAGAAGCAUUCGAGUAUCUAAUCAAUCUACGUCAGAACCGCCCUGCUGAACUGAUUGCAAAGUUUUUGGACGAGAAACUACGUGCUGGAAAUAAGGGUACAUCCGAGGAAGAAUUGGAGGGCACUCUUGAUAAAGUUUUGGUUUUGUUCAGAUUCAUACAGGGUAAAGAUGUGUUUGAAGCAUUCUACAAAAAGGAUCUUGCAAAAAGACUUCUUUUAGGGAAGAGUGCAUCUAUUGACGCUGAAAAGUCGAUGAUCUCUAAGUUGAAAACCGAAUGUGGUAGCCAGUUUACCAACAAGCUCGAAGGAAUGUUUAAGGAUAUUGAGUUAUCGAAGGAGAUUAAUGAAUCUUUCAAGCAAUCAUCGCAAGCUAGGACGAAACUACCCUCCGGAAUCGAGAUGAGUGUUCAUGUUUUAACAACUGGUUACUGGCCAACAUAUCCACCAAUGGAUGUCCGCCUUCCCCAUGAAUUGAAUGUUUAUCAGGAUAUAUUUAAAGAGUUCUACUUGAGCAAAUAUAGCGGUAGGCGAUUAAUGUGGCAGAAUUCAUUAGGCCACUGCGUCUUGAAAGCAGAAUUUGCAAAGGGAAAGAAAGAACUGGCUGUUUCCUUAUUUCAGACCGUUGUUCUGAUGCUGUUCAACGAUGCACAAAAGCUAAGUUUUGAAGAUAUUAAAGAUGCUACUAGCAUUGAGGACAAGGAAUUAAGGAGAACUCUGCAGUCACUUGCAUGUGGAAAAGUCCGCGUUCUUCAAAAGAUACCAAAAGGUAGGGAGGUGGAUGAUAAUGAUUUGUUCAUGUUCAAUGAUGGAUUUACCGCUCCCCUUUAUCGUAUAAAGGUUAAUGCUAUCCAGUUGAAGGAAACUGUGGAAGAAAACGCAAGCACUACUGAAAGAGUAUUCCAAGAUCGUCAAUAUCAGGUGGAUGCUGCUAUUGUUCGGAUAAUGAAGACUAGGAAAAUGCUGUCUCACACACUUCUGAUAACCGAACUCUUUCAGCAGCUAAAGUUUCCGAUAAAACCGGUUGAUUUGAAGAAGAGGAUAGAAAGUCUAAUCGACAGGGAAUACUUGGAGAGAGACAAGAGCAACCCGCAGAUAUACAACUAUUUAGCAUGAACAUCAAUCAUGUUGGAUUCCGAGUCGAGUCGUUUACAAUUAUCUUGUCAGUUUAUGUAAAGAAAGUGAUGUCAUAGCUUUUGUUUUCACUGUAAAAAAGCCAAAGUGUUACUACUUUGCUUUCUUGCUUCCUGUUGUAGUAUUCUUAAAACACCAUUACUCUUUUACACUACACUUGAGAGCAUGUUUUUCUUUUCCAAGCUUAUGAAAAGGUAUGGUCUGGUCUGGUUUUUUUC